AUGAGGACUGCUUCUCGGGUUCACUGUGUAGCGAGUUCGACGGGCCCUAUUUUCCCGCAGGAGCUUCUGGCCGCCUGCCUCCAAGCGGAAGAGGACCAACUUGCUCUACAGCCACCAGCCUCUUCUGCUGACGUGGCAGUCUGCACGGCUGCUUCCGACAACUGGUGUCGCCUCUCCACCCAGGAGCUCGAAGCAGAUCCUGAUGUACAGGCGGGGAUCGCGGCCGCUUUGCUUCCUGUGUCGGAGCGAUUGACGCCGUAUGUGAUGGGGCGUUCCAAAGUUCGACAAUUUAAGUGGGGCGGCCACGAGCAUCAGAUGAUGUACAAGAACGGACGUCGCCACUGCCGGGCGUUGCUGCCGCAUAUCUACAAGAGCGGCCCUCAACGAGCCAGGCUCUUCUUGGUCUGCAGCAAUUUUUGGCGAGAGCCAAAAUGCUUCUAUCGGGAGAACUUUCCUAUGCAGCGCUUUUCGGAGUUGCCGCAGUUUCUACAGGACGAAUACAAUUCCUUGGACUCGUCCUUUCAGCGAAUCAACUGGAAGUAUGCCUACACUCCCUGCUACGGCUUGCUCUCCGCUGGGUAUGAUGCCGAUUGCCCAGGCAUUUUGAUGGCUCUGUACUGUUUCGCUCAGAGAAUCCCCCAGGAUUCGGCACCUCUCAUGAUAGGACGAUCCCGCGAUUUUGUGGAUCGGGUCUACGGACAGUGUCGCCUGGCAACUGCCUUCGCGCAGAUGGAGGCCAACCUCAAGGUCGUCUUCCCUGCAGGCAUCGUCGAGUGGGACGGAACGAGAAGCGCGGGGUCCAAAGACAAGUCCAAGAAGCAGGUGACCCAUGUCGGCCGGUUCCUCAUCGGCUGCCAUCGGAGCACCGACCACAAGGUCUUUCUGCCUUUGCCGAACAGAACCACGAAGCUGGGUGCACCAGGCCCUUUCGGUUCAAAGAUUCCUUGCAAUAGCAACAUGUCAUGUCCAGUGGAUGACGAUUUUGUCCUGGGUCUGGCGGCUGCACUCGCAGCAGCUUUAGACCUGGCCUUCCCGCACGUGGAUGCUCGCCGACGUUGGAAAACGGGGUUCCUUUCGCACUCCGAUGCUACUUGGGGCCAGACCAAAGCCAGGCCGAUCUCCAUGUCUUGA